AUGUCAAACAAGCUUUUCGCCUUCGGUUCCAAUGGCUCAGGACAACUUGGCCUUGGACACAACGAUGACACGGCUUCCCCUCAGGCAGUCACGCGAAAUGAUUCGCAUAUCGCUCAAAUAGCUGCUGGUGGCAAUCACACGAUAGUGCUCUACACUGAUGGUGAGGCGAACUUUUAUGGCUUGAAUGCUUCUGGGCAGUGCGGCCAGCUCUCGCAGGCUGCGGCCAGUGCAUGGACGCAAGUAGCGGCGACAUGGACUACGAGCAUACUCUUGCACCAAGACGGCACCAUUUUCACUUGUGGCGAAGGGCUGAACGGGGAGCUUGGUCUUGGUGGCGAGAAGCAGCAGACGCAGGAGCUGACGAGAAUCCCAUCUUUUCCACCACAGGGAACCUCAAUUGCGCAGAUCAGUUCGUCUAUGGCUCACACUGUCGCCAUCCUCUCCAACGGCGAGGUCUGGGGCUGGGGCAAGAACCGCAAGGGGCAGCUUGGCGAGCCUAAUAUCGAUGUCUGGUCGCCGCGAAAAGUAGAAGGCCUGCCAUUUGCGGCUGCGAAAGCCGUAUGUGGAAAAGACUUUACUUAUAUCGUCAGCGCUCAUGGUGAAGGUAAGGCCCACUUGCUCGGUCUUCCCAAAAACGAUCGCUUCGGGUUACGCGCUAGCCUUCCAAGAUUUGUGCCUGAUUGGAAGGACAUCGCGGCCUCUUGGGGUAGUGUCUUCGUACUGAAGGACAAUGGCGAGCUUCACGGCUUUGGUAGGGACGAUCAUGGCCAGCUUCCACCAUCUGGGCUGCCUGCCGUUGCGGCCAUUGCUGCCGGCACUUGGGGCUGGGGUGAGCAUGGGAACUGUGGCGAGCCUACCAAUGAGCAUGGCGAUGUCAACGGACGUUGGAAAGAGAUGGAGGUCCAUGGUCAGAUCGCCUCCAUUGCUGCGGGAUGUGCGACCAGCUUCUUGGUGAUCACCGGAUGA